AUGGAACAAGUGCGCACCAGAGUGAUAGAAAAAUUCAGUGACACCUUCAACGCAGUUGCAAAGCAUCAAGCCGCGUGGAUUGAGCCUGAUAUUCAGAAAGAUCUCGGUGUUAUAUGUGAGGAUCUGCACAUCACAACAGCUGGAACUCAUCAGGAUAAGCUCUCGCCAGUCUUCUUUAAUCCUCUUGGAACGCACAAUAUCCCCAGACUUGACCUUACCGAUGCUCAAACCCGAGAAUCCAUCAACGACAUCACCGAAGAUUGGGACAGCCCCCCUCCGUGGCCACGAACAGUAACUGAUCAGCUUUACGAGUUAAUUUACGCCAUUGAAUACUACUUCAGGGAAGGCAGUCGCGUUUAUGAAUCAGAGUAUGGGUGGUCUAAUACGUUGUCACAUUACGCAAAGUGGGUCGAAUGUGGGGGGAUUACACCGCAGCUCGUCGCCGAAGAAUUUGAUCGCCCAAUAUGGGGAUCGCGUGGAUCAACACCAUAUCUCGGUUAUGUAGCAAGGAACCAGCUCAACAUGCCCCAUACCCUGCUCGCAACGCUAACACGGUCAGAGGCGAAUGAGAAGCUUUCGAGGUCGGAGGCUUUGACCAUUUUGACCGUCAUGUUAACUAGGCUGAAGAGUGACGAUUUUCCCAACCACAGUGUCAUACCUAUAAUGUUGAUAAGUGUCUUCGCCGGAUUCCAGGUCAGGGUUCUAGAGGCCCACUACGAUUUCAGGGGACUCGUCAUUCGAAAGUCUAAAUUCCUAAGCUUCGCGAACCGAGACGCGGCGAUUCCGAACAUGGAUAUCUUGAUGAGUUUUAUGUGUUCCAAAAUGAUCGGGAACACAAAGAAUUUGAGAGUCCUCACGAAACCAGGAGCUGUAGUUCCUGAACCCUCGGGCCAUAUUUCAUACCGGGAUAACAGAGGUCGAUUUCCUGGGUCAGAGAAAAUUGCAGAUCUGUGGCGAGCUGCGCGUGCCCCAUUCAGACCUCCCAAUACAGCCCCGCAAGACGUGGCCGACACCUCGUCAGAGGGAACUCUUACAUCCGGGAAACGUCGGGCUCGCUAG